AAGGACAGCUGUUAUAAUAUGAUGCAGUGUGCUGCUGCUGGGCAUCAGAUUGUUGCUCUAGCCAAUUUAAGACCUGCCGAAAACACAGGGCAGAGUGAUGAAUUGGACAGCUAUAUGUAUCAAACAGUAGGACACCAUGCCAUUGACCUAUAUGCUGAUGCGUUAGACUUGCCACUCUACCGUGGUUUCAUAAAGGGUACCAGUGUAAAUACUGGAAGAGUGUAUACAGCAUGUCAGGAAGAUGAAGUUGAAGACCUUUACCACCUCAUGAAACUUGUUAAGGACAAAGAAGGAGUGGAGGGUGUAUCUGUGGGAGCCAUUCUUUCUGACUACCAGAGAGUCCGAGUUGAAGAUGUUUGCAGAAGGCUUAAUCUUCAGCCUUUAGCUUACCUUUGGCGCCAGAACCAGGAAACACUGCUUAAAGAAAUGAUAUCAUCUAACAUUCAAAAAGCCAUAAUCAUAAAAGUGGCAGCUUUCGGUUUAGAUCCAGAUAAGCAUCUAGGAAAAACUCUGGAUCAAGUGGCGCCUCAUCUUUUGGAACUUUCUGAGAAAUACGGAGUCCAUGUUUGCGGAGAAGGUGGAGAAUAUGAAACAUUCACUCUGGACUGCCCUCUAUUUAAGAAGAAAAUAGUUGUAGAUUCAGCUGAGGUGGUUGUGCAUUCGGCUGAUGCAUUUGCACCUGUGGCCUACCUUCGUUUUUUAAAAUUACACCUGGAGAAUAAGGGGGAAUCUUCAGGUACGUUUAUGGUCAAGAGCUGUUCUUGUAAGGUAACCUGCAGUGAUGAUGAUAUUUUCCCUUCAUUAGAAGAGGAUGAACCACAGAAAAACAUUCCAGUCAUCUGGAGGUCUUCGAAUCAUAAUUCUUUGGAUUUCACUAAGACAUUUGGAAGUUCAGGAAAAUCCCUGAAUGGUUACCAGUGGUUUUCAGGUAUCACUGCUCACUUCCUUCCAUCAAAAGGCAGAAAUGCUCAAGAGGCAGCAAGAGAAGCAUUUUCUUCUCUUCGAGCUAAUUUGACUUCAGAGGGAUUGAAACCGAAGGAUAUUAUUUUGGUUCAUCUGUAUAUGAAGAGCAUGAAAGAUUUCAGUGUUAUAAAUUCAGUUUAUGUGACAGAAUUUGAUUUGUGUCCACCAGCAAGAGUAUGUGUGGAAACCCUGUUACCUGUUGGAGUGCUGUUUUGCAUUGACUGCCUUGCACAUAAAUAUGACAUUGCAGCAGAUGAUGUGUUACAUGAUGAAAAACUGGUCAUGCAUGUACAGAGUAUUUCCCACUGGGCACCUGCUAACAUUGGACCUUACAGUCAGUCCAUCAAG